AUGGGUCUGUCAAUCUCAAAGCUACUCUCAGGCCUCUUCAGCAAGAAGGAAAUGCGCAUCCUGAUGGUUGGUUUGGAUGCCGCUGGUAAAACCACCAUCCUCUACAAGCUCAAGCUAGGCGAGAUCGUCACCACCAUCCCCACCAUCGGAUUCAACGUCGAGACUGUUGAGUACAAGAACAUCUCCUUCACCGUCUGGGAUGUCGGUGGUCAGGACAAGAUCCGUCCCUUGUGGCGCCAUUAUUUCCAAAACACCCAGGGUAUCAUUUUCGUUGUCGAUUCCAACGAUCGUGACCGUAUUAGCGAAGCUCGCGAUGAACUCUUGCGCAUGUUGAACGAGGAUGAGCUUCGUGAGGCCCUUCUUCUCGUCUUUGCCAACAAGCAGGAUCUUCCCAACGCUAUGAAUGCUGCCGAGAUCACCGAUAAGCUGGGUCUUCAUUCUCUUCGUCAGCGUCAGUGGUACAUCCAGGCCACCUGCGCCACCUCUGGCGAUGGCCUUUAUGAGGGUCUGGAAUGGCUGUCCAACAACUUGAAGCGCAAAGUUUAA